AUGGGUCUAUUGAGUUCUAAAAAUACCAAAGUCCAGGAAGCCCGAAUUCUUCUGCUGGGACUUGACUCUGCAGGGAAGUCUACUCUCCUUUAUAAAUUAAAACUUGCUAAAGAUAUUGUGACCAUACCAACAAUUGGUUUCAACGUGGAGAUGAUUGAACUGGAAAAGAGUCUUCUACUCACGAUCUGGGAUGUUGGAGGACAGGAAAAAAUGAGAACUGUCUGGGACUAUUACUGUGAGAACACUGACGGGCUGCUGUAUGUUGUGGACAGUACAGAUAAGCAGCGACUAGAAGAUUCCAGGAGAGAGUUUGAGCACAUUUUGAAGAAUGAACACAUUAAACAUGUACCUGUUGUCCUAUUAGCCAACAAACAAGAUAUGCCUGGCGCUCUGACUGCCGAGGACAUCACCAGAAUGUUUAAAGUAAAGAAGCUCUGCAGUGACCGGAACUGGUAUGUACAGCCCUGCUGUGCCAUCACUGGGGAGGGACUGACUGAAGGGCUCAGGAAAUUAACUGGAUUUGUGAAAAGCUAUGUGAAGUCAAGAGGAGACACUUUCGCAUUCUUCAAGCAGAAUGAGGUUCAAGCCAUGAAGGACACAUUCAUGAAGUUGAAAGGGUAA